AAGCUCGAAAAAGGUGACCACCAGCAACAUUUCGUCGAGGUUGAUGGCUGUGCCUACCCUUCUUGAGGAGUACGUCAUCCGGCAGAACGCAACCAACGCGCUUUACUGGAACAAUCCGGAGCGAGCUGAAGAGAACCUGGAGACGCGGUGGCCCCCGCUGCGCGUCAAGCCGCGGGCCGACUACUUCGAGGCGCGGAACACGCUGUUCAUCUCGCCCAGCCUGGUGUCCUUCCUAUCCGCGAUGCUGAUUGGCCUCGACCCUCUCGUUGUACCCGUGCUGGGCUCCGACGUUGUCCGCGCCCUACUGAGCGUCGUGGUCAGUAGCCAGCAGUCAUGGGACGUCGCAACUACUGGCCAGCAGGGUUCUGCGGUGCGUGCUGCCUCCACCAGUCGACGCAGAGAGGAAGCUACACGCUGCCUGUCUGAGCAGUAUGCCAACCUUACGGGAGACCGCAAGUCAUCGACCCGUUCGCGCGAUCUCUUCUUCGACUCUGCUGUCGUGGAGCCCUUGUUCGAGCUCUACAGGACCUAUCUGGCAAAGUACCCUGAGCUGCGUGAUGGCCCCAACAUUGCGGAGCUGCCGGGCAAGAACUCCUUCGAACUCUUCUUUGUCAACUACGCGGUGGCUCACUGUGAGCAUGCACCGCGAUCGGUGGACCUGUCAGCUUCGACCGACGCCGAUAGGGCGCUGUCGCCGGCUACGCGGCUCAAUGUGGCUCUCAUGAACUCCAAGGCGUUUGCAGAGGUGUUCCACUGCAAGGAAGACGACGUGAUGAACCCGCGCAACAGGUGCCAAGUGUGGUGACAAGAAAGUGACGCAGGCUGCCGGACGGGCAGGCAUGCAUGACCAUGGUCAUUUGCAUCACCACGCAAGAAGGUUCUCUCGCGGCUGCGCAUAUAAAAGCGCCACGUGUUUCUUUUUGUUUCUUUUUUGUGCCAAUUAAAA